AUGAGUCAAUCACGUCUUGCUUCUUGUAUACCGCUUCCACUAGACAACAAAGUACUUUCAAAUGUAGUAGAAAAAGCAAAAGAUUGGGCACUGAUGCAUGGUGUGGGGAUGAGAGACAAAGCACAUUUCUCAAAGGAUACCAUCCAGAUUGCUCCUUUUGUGUUACUGCCAUCACCUUUUCCUAGAACAGAGUUCACAAAAGCGGUGGACUUGCAACCAGUCUUGAAUGAACUAAUGCAUAAGGUUUCCCAUGAUGAUGAAUUUCUCGAAAAAACUCUUCAAAAUGCUCUUGAAGUCGACGACUUUACGGCCAAGUUAUAUAACAUUUGGAUAAAAGUUCGCGAAGAAGGAAUAACACAGCCAAUAUCAUUAGGGAUGCUGCGAUCUGACAUCAUGCUGGAGUCGCGUUGUCCCCACACUGAGAACCAGUGUGCCAAGCACACUCCAUACUGUUCCUGGAAGCAGGUGGAAAUCAACAGUAUCGCAUCCGGUUUCGGUCACCUGGGACCCUCUCUCAGCCUGGGUCUAUUUCGCUCCGACUAUCUGAUGCAGCAACCAGACAGCAAUCGAAUAAAACAAGUGGAGUUUAACACGGUGGCAGCGAGUUUCGGCGCCAUCACCUCUUAUCUCCCCACCAUGUUUCGUUAUAUCUUGAGGCAGUUGGGACAUGGGGAACUUAUCAAAAACAUGCCAGAAAACAGAGCCCUAUCAGGUUUGUGCUCGGGUAUAAUCGAGGCCUACGACAUGUUCGGUGUUCCCUCCGCAGUGGUGCUCUUUGUGGUCGAAGAAGUCUCCUACAAUAUUUGUGAUCAGCGGUUCCACGAGUUUGAGAUAUCCGAGAAACGGCCCGAUAUUAUGAUCUACAGGAAGACGUUAAACGAAAUCUACGAAGAGGCCGAGUUGAACGACAAGAAACAGCUGGUCAUAGAGGGUCGGCCCGUGGCAGUGGUGUACUACAGGUCCGGCUACGAACCGGCUCAGUACCCCUCGCAGAAGGAGUGGGACGCCAGGCUCAGGGUCGAGAGAUCGUCGGCCAUCAAGUGUCCGUCGAUCCACUACCAACUCGCGGGCACCAAGAAGGUGCAACAGGCUCUGGCGGCUCCCGGAGCCCUCGAGAGGUUCGUGGCCGAAGGGGAGCUGAGGUCCCGGGUUCGAGACAUCUUCACGGGACUCUACUCUCUGGACUUCGACGACAGCGGCGAGAGGGCCGUCGAAAUGGCGAUCGCCGACGCGGAAAGAUUCGUAUUGAAACCCCAACGCGAAGGAGGCGGAAACAACUUGUACGGCGCCGAUGUGAAGGAGGCCCUUUUGAGGAUGAGACACAGUCGCGAACGAGCGGCCUAUAUCCUCAUGGAGAGGAUAUUGCCACCCUUGAUAUCGGGAUACGUCGUGCGUCCGAACGCAGCCGUCCCUCCGUCUCUAUGCGACCUGGUCUCCGAACUCGGCAUCUUUGGCGUUAUUAUUGGAAGUAAAGAGAAGAUCUACAGCAACCGCCAAGUGGGUCACAUGCUCCGGACUAAACUAGCGGACGCCAACGAAGGGGGCGUGGCUGCGGGUCUGGGGGCUUUGGACUCGCCCUAUUUACUCGAUUUAUAG